GUCGCUACCUAAUCCCAAACGAAUCCCUCUCCUUGUUUGAUCCACCUUCUUCUUCUUCUCCUUCUUCUUUUCCUUACUCCUUUUCUUCUUCAUCUACAGCUUCAAUUUGCCGUCUUUUCUUUUUUCUUUCUCUGAAAUCUGGUUCUCUAUUGGCGUGGCGUUUAGUUGGGUGGAUGAGGUCGUACUGCGGCCCUGGUAAAUAUGGCUCCUCUUCCCAUCAAGUUUACGGAGCUUAUCAAUUUGACAAAUGCUGAAAUCGCGCCGACUUCGAUUGGUUUCAAUUCAUGUACUUUAGAAUCGGAUCACUUCGUCUGCGUCCGACAAAAACUCAACGAAGAUGAUAAGCCUCAGGUCAUUAUCAUUAACCUAAAGAACAACAAUGAAGUCAUCAAACGGCCGAUCAAUGCGGACAGUGCUAUCAUGCACUGGACCAAGAACAUCAUCGCCCUCAAGGCCCAAGGCCGAACGGUCCAGAUCUUCGACCUCUCAGCUAAGCAGAAGCUUAAGUCUGCCGUUAUGAAUGAAGAUAUCGUUUACUGGAAGUGGUUCAGCGAAACCAGCUUGGGUCUGGUCACCGAGACUUCUGUCUACCACUGGGAUGUUUUUGACCCCACCCAGUCUCAGCCCCUCAAGAUCUUUGACAGACUUCCUAACCUGAGUGGGUGUCAAAUAAUCAACUACCGUGUCAACGAUGACGAGAAGUGGAUGGUGGUGGUCGGAAUCAGCCAGCAGCAGGGACGUGUUGUGGGAUCUAUGCAGCUCUACUCCAAGGACCGUGGGAUAUCGCAAUUCAUCGAAGGUCACGCCGCCGCUUUCGCCUCGAUCCGAGUCGAGGGCUCGCCCCUCGAACACAAGCUUUUCACCUUCGCCGUUCGGACCCAGACCGGUGCUAAGUUGCAAAUCGCCGAAAUCGAUCACCAGGAGCCCAACCCUCGGUUCCAGAAGAAGGCCGUCGAGGUUUACUUCCCUCAGGAGGCUGUUAACGACUUCCCCGUCGCGAUGCAGGUGUCCAGGAGGUAUGACGUCGUGUACCUUGUCACGAAAUAUGGCUUCAUUCAUCUCUAUGACCUCGAGACUGGUACCUGCAUCUUCAUGAACCGAAUCUCCAGCGAGACUAUCUUCACUACUGCCAAUGACUCGGACGGUGCUGGUUUGGUUGGUGUGAACCGAAAGGGUCAGGUUCUUUCCGUCAGCGUCGAUGAGAACACAAUCAUCCAGUACCUGAUGGAGAACCCUGCCAUGUCAGGACUUGCUGUGAAGCUUGCCUCCAAGGCUGGACUUCCUGGUGCCGACCAUCUUUACCAGCAGCAGUUCGACAACCUGGUUGCCCAGGGUAACUACAGCGAAGCCGCCAAGAUUGCCGCAAACUCGCCUCGUGGGUUCCUCAGAACUCCCGAGACCAUCAACCGCUUCAAGAAUGCCCCCCAGGGUGGUCAGCAGAUGUCUGUUAUCCUGCAGUACUUCGGCAUGCUGCUGGACAAGGGCUCCCUUAACAAAUAUGAGAGUGUUGAAUUGGUUCGACCUGUUUUGCAGCAGAACAGGAAGCACCUGCUGGAGAAGUGGAUGCGCGAGAACAAGCUGGAGGGCUCCGAGGAGCUCGGAGAUAUCGUUCGCCCAUACGACAUGAACCUUGCCCUUACCAUCUACCUUCAAGCAAACGUUCCCCACAAGGUCAUUGCUGGAUUUGCCGAGACUGGUCAGUUUGACAAGAUUCUUGCCUACUCCAAGCAGGUUGGCUACCAGCCUGACUACACCUCGCUCUUGCAGCACAUUGUCCGUGUCAACCCCGAGAAGGGUGCUGAGUUUGCUACCCAGCUUGCCAACGAAGAGACCGGUGCACUCAUUGACUUGGACCGGGUCGUGGACGUGUUCUUGUCCCAGAACAUGAUCCAGCAGGCCACCUCUUUCUUGCUUGAUGCGCUGAAGGACAACAAGCCUGAGCACGGCCACUUGCAGACACGAUUGCUCGAGAUGAACCUCGUGAACGCCCCGCAGGUCGCGGAUGCCAUCCUUGGCAAUGAAAUCUUCACUCACUACGAUCAAACCAGGAUCUCCCAACUUUGUGAGAAUGCCGGUCUCAUCCAGCGUGCGCUUGAGAACACCGAUGACCCCGCGGCCAUCAAGCGUAACAUUGUCCGCACCGACAUGCUGAGCGCCGAAUGGCUCAUCAACUACUUUGGUCGUCUCUCGGUCGAGCAGACAUUGGACUGCAUGGACACCAUGUUGGAGGUCAACAUCCGCCAGAACCUCCAGGCUGUUGUCCAGAUCGCCACCAAGUUCUCCGACCUCGUCGGACCUACCCGUCUUAUCAGCCUUUUGGAGAAGUACCGUACGGCCGAGGGUCUUUACUACUAUCUCGGUAGCAUCGUCAACCUCAGUGAGGACCCAGAGGUUCACUUCAAGUACAUCGAGGCUGCUACUGCCAUGGGCCAGCUCACCGAGGUCGAGCGUAUCUGCCGUGAGAGCAACUACUACAACGCCGAGAAGGUGAAGAACUUUUUGAAGGAAGCUCAGUUGACUGAGCAGCUCCCACUCAUCAUUGUCUGCGACCGAUUCAACUUCAUUCACGACUUGGUUCUGUACCUCUACAAGAACCAGCAGUACAAGUCUAUUGAAGUUUAUGUGCAGCGUGUCAAUCCCUCUCGUACCCCCGCCGUCAUCGGUGGCUUGCUUGAUGUUGACUGUGAUGAGAGUAUUAUCAAGAACCUCCUGUCUACCGUCGACCCCUCUGUGAUUCCGAUCGAUGAGCUCGUUUCUGAGGUGGAGUCCCGUAACAGACUCAAGCUGUUGCUGCCUUUCCUCGAGGCAACACUCGCUACUGGCAACCAGCAGCAGGCUGUUUACAACGCCCUCGCAAAGAUCUACAUUGAUAGCAACAACAACCCCGAGAAGUUCCUCAAGGAGAACGACAUGUAUGACACAUUGACUGUCGGAAAGUACUGUGAGAAGCGGGACCCCAACCUGGCGUACAUCGCAUACAGCAAGGGUCAGAAUGACCUCGAGCUCAUCAACAUCACCAACGAAAACUCCAUGUACCGGGCCCAGGCUCGAUACCUCGUUGAGCGUGCUGACAACGAGAUUUGGUCGUUUGUUCUGAGCGAGAACAACGAGCACCGACGGUCGAUGGUUGACCAGGUUAUUGCCACCGCUGUUCCUGAGUCGACCGAGCCCGACAAGGUGUCGAUUGCUGUCAAGGCCUUCCUUGAAGCCGAUCUGCCUGGUGAAUUGAUUGAGCUUUUGGAGAAGAUCAUCCUCGAGCCAUCUCCCUUCAGCGAUAACAGCAGCUUGCAGAACCUUCUGAUGCUGACUGCCGCCAAGGCUGACAAGAGUCGUCUGAUGGACUAUAUUCACCAGCUCACCGAGUUCAGCCCCGAUGAGAUCUCCGAGAUGUGCAUUUCCGUUGGUCUGUACGAGGAGGCCUUCGAGAUCUACAAGAAGGUCAACAACCACGGUGCCGCCGUCAAUGUCCUUGUUGAGAACAUUGUCAGCAUCGACCGAGCACAGGAAUACGCUGAGCGUGUGGAAUUGCCCGAGGUGUGGAGCAAGGUCGCAAAGGCACAGCUCGACGGCCUUCGUGUAUCCGACUCGAUCGAAUCUUACAUCCACGCUGCUGACCCGUCGAACUACAACGAGGUCAUUGACACCGCAACCCACGCUGGCAAGGAUGAGGAUCUCGUCAAGUACCUGAAGAUGGCCCGCAAGACCCUGCGUGAGCCAGCCAUUGACACUGGCCUCGCAUUCUGCUAUGCCCGUCUCGACCAGCUUUCAGAGCUGGAGGACUUCCUGCGAUCUACCAACGUUGCCGAUGUCGAAGCGUCUGGUGACAAGGCUUAUGAAGAAGGUUACCACCAGGCUGCUAAGAUCUUCUACACCAGCAUCUCCAACUGGGCUAAAUUGGCCACUACCCUGGUGCACUUGGAGGACUACCAAGCCGCCGUGGAAUGUGCACGCAAGGCCAACAGUGUCAAGGUCUGGAAGCAGGUCAACGAGGCAUGCGUCAGCAAGAAGGAAUUCCGUCUUGCCCAGAUUUGCGGUCUCAACCUUAUCGUUCACGCCGAGGAAUUGCAAGACCUUGUACGUCAGUACGAGCGCAACGGCUACUUUGACGAGCUGAUUUCAGUUCUGGAGGCUGGUCUGGGUCUGGAGCGGGCUCACAUGGGCAUGUUCACCGAGUUGGGUAUCGCGCUCUCCAAGUACCACCCCGACCGCACUAUGGAGCACCUCAAGCUUUUCUGGUCUCGUAUCAACAUCCCCAAGAUGAUCCGGGCUUGUGAGGAAGCAAGCCUCUGGCCUGAACUUGUGUUCCUGUAUUGCCACUACGACGAGUGGGACAACGCUGCGCUGGCGAUGAUGGAGCGUGCCGCCGACUCUUGGGAGCACCACUCGUUCAAGGACAUCGUUGUCAAGGUUGCCAACCUGGAAAUCUACUACCGUGCUCUGAACUUCUACCUGCAAGAGCAGCCCUUGCUCCUUACGGAUCUGCUCCAGGUCCUUACCCCGCGAAUUGACGUCAACCGUGUUGUGCGCAUCUUCCAGACCUCGGACAACAUCCCGUUGAUCAAGCCGUUCUUGCUGAACGUCCAGACUCAGAACAAGAGAGCUGUCAACGAUGCCAUCAAUGACCUGUUGAUCGAGGAGGAAGACUACAAGACUUUGCGUGACUCGGUAGACAACUACGACAACUUUGAUGCUGUGGAGCUUGCUCAGCGAUUGGAGAAGCAUGAUUUGAUCUUCUUCCGCCAGGUUGCGGCCAACAUCUACCGGAACAACAAGCGCUGGGAGAAGUCGAUUGCGCUGUCCAAGCAGGACAAGUUGUACAAGGAUGCCAUUGAGACCUCGGCCAUUUCCGGCAAGUCCGUUGUGGUUGAGGAUCUCCUUCGCUACUUUGUGGACAUUGGCAGCCGAGAGUGCUAUGUGGGCAUGCUGUAUGCGUGCUACGAUCUGAUCCGCCCCGAUGUGAUCCUGGAGCUGUCGUGGCGCCAUGGCCUGAACGACUUCACAAUGCCGUACAUGAUCAACAUGCUGUGCGAGCAGACACGGUCGAUCGAGAUGCUCAAGAAAGACAACGAGGAGCGCAAGUCUCGGGAGGUGACACACAAGACGGAGGAGAACAACGCACCGAUCCUGGGUGGCUCGCGGCUGAUGCUGACGCAGGGGCCAGGGCCGGCACCCAGCCCGGCGCCUUAUGGACAGGCUAACGGGCUGACACCGCAGGCGACGGGCUUCCGUGGGUUCUAGACGUCGAGAUAUCCAAUCAUUUCUUAGCAACAAACUCUCCUGUGACAUUGCAUAAUUGCAACCUUUUUGAGUGUAUGUAUAACAUGAAACGAUCUGCGGCUGGCCUUUUUU